UCCAAGCAACACAUCAUCAUCGUCAUCCUCCUCUUCCUUUGGCGCAACCAGCAGCGAACACACUCCGUGUCUAUCCGUGUAUGUUAUCGUGUGUUUAUCGUGUGCUGUGUGUGGUGUGGUGUGUGCGUAUUGUUACCACAAUAGACUUUCGCACAAGAGUUCCACAAUUUCCAAAAUUGCUGUAAAAAAGACAGUAACACCCCCGAAGGAAGCAAAACCACUUGUUGCAUCCUGUUUACCUGCUUGAAUUCGACGUGUGUGCCUUUGCUGAGUUCCGGUACUGAGAAUAGUCUGGUUGCCAUUUCAAGGGGUCAAGUGCACGUGCACCGGGUUCGGUUUGUGUGUAUAAGUAGAAGUAAGCGAAAGGUUCUUAGUGCCACCAAGUCGCGUUAUCAGUGAGCUAGUGACCUCGUUCCCGGGCGUGCCUGUAAGUGGACUGUUAGUAGUAAGACUUAAAACGUGGGCCAACGAUCGCUCCUAGAGCCGUUGCCUUUAAAAACUUUACCAUAAACAUAUUGUCUCAUCAUGGGCUGUGGACCGUCCUCGUUGUCGUCGGUGUCGUCGUCGUUGGUGUCUGGUCGGUUGUCGGGUGGCCAACUGGUCUAGUGGUCAACAACAGCACCACCACCACCACCUCGUCGUCGCCAACCCUCGUCAGCGAGCGUGGUGUUGCUGUGCUUUAGGCGUAUGUUGUCCGUACACUCAAUCGUCGUCCUGUAUAUCCUGUGUAUCUCGUGUGUCUGUCUGUGUGCUGAAUGUGGACCAACCCCGGGCAGCGAUCGAAAGUAAAUAUAAUCGCGACUGUUGUGUUCUCGGUUGGUGUACUUGUUUGUUGAUUGCCUGUACCUGGGUGCGGUACAGUUGAUGGAAAUAAAUCGAAGUGCGAAUCAAGUUGCUCGGACAUAUCCUGAUAAGCUCAAUCGGCGAGCGUUUGAAUGAACACCGGAUAGUUGGGACAAUAUCUACCACCCGGUAGGACGGUUCAUCGCUGUGCGGACACAUGUGCGCCGUUUGCAAGAAAGUGUGGUACCAGUACGGCUGGUAAUUGGAACCAUCGGCAUUACUCAUCCCGUGCGCACCGAACGGAUGUGCCGCGCGCGGGGAACAAAAAUAGAAAAGCGAUGGAGUGAGAUCAUAUGCCGCUUCUUCUUCUUCUUCCUGCUACUACGAGAUACCCACAGAGACACUUCCCUCGGGAGGGCGUUCAACCACUUCUUCAAACCAGCCAAGCCAAAUAAUAUUGCCCCGAAGGCAAAGACCGUCCAAGGAGAAAAGAUUAAGUGCCAACCGUUAAUCGUCGACGUCGCCGUCGUCCUGGCCUCCAGAUAAACACGGGCUCGCACCCAAACGCUCCUCCAGCUCGCCUCCAUAAUUGUAAUUUAUGCCAUUCGAUGUCUAGGAUCCUCUUGGCCGCGCAUCGCACUCGAUCGAGCCGCGUGUCUCUCUCUCUCUCUCUGGUGUUAACGUGUGCGAUCAUAAAACGCACCUUUUGUGCGGGGCUGCUCCCUAAUUAAUGGCCUUCAUUAACCAAUAAACGGAACCAACAUCUCUAUCGGAUUCGCGAAAGUGCGAGCGCGGUUGUGUGUUCAGAAGAGAGAAAAAAAACAUCGCAUUUCACUCUGAGAAGAAAAAAAUAACACAAUCGAUCCAGCAUAUAAUGCUGUGGCCACAUACGUAAUGCGAUGCCGUUCGAGUUGCCAAUGAGAUCACUCGCCCAGCUACUGUGCGAUCGUGAGCUAGCGGUGGACGGUGAGACGCGCGAGAAGGGUGGAUCGGAAGGGUGCCGCGUUCUUCCGUCGGUGGUGACCGGCAGCAUGAACACUACCUCGCCCAAGUCGUCGCUCGCCAAGCUGGGCCUGCACCCGAAAACCAAACCGUUCCGUGUGAUGGUGCUGGGCCAGAGUGGCGUUGGAAAAACGGCGAUGGUCGUACGGUUCAUAACGAAGCGCUUCAUCGGCGAGUACGAUCCGAACCUGGAGAAGGUCUACACCUUCAACACGCUGAUCGACAACGAGCUGGUGCUGUUCGAGAUACUGGAUGCCGCCGGUCAACCAAAUGAAGCCGACUGUCUCACGCUGGAAGCGAACAUUCGCUGGGCGGAAGCAUUCAUCCUGAUGUACUCGGUGGCAGACAAAUGCAGCUUCGACGAGUGCAACCGGCUCAAGUUCCUCAUCAACUACAACAAGCGACGCCGUAGGCUCGGUUCCUACAACAAGGACACGCUACUGGACGUACCGGUGAUACUGGUGGGCAACAAAAUCGACCAGACCGGUGACCGGAUGGUGAGCACCGAAGAUGGACAGCGGCGAGCGAAAGAGAUCGCCUGUGCCUGCUUCCACGAGGUGUCGGUUCGCGAGAGCAUCGAGCAGGUGAACGGUGUGUUCCGGGAUGCGUGCCGGUUCUGGCGCGUCCUGUCGCGCUACCCAAAGCUGAAGCGCUCCACCAGCGACGUACACGAUCUACACUCCGAGGUCGAACUCAUCCUCAGCCCGGACAGCGUGCAUCCGUUCUGUAACUGCGAUCUGAGCCAUGAGAAGCGCCAGUCCAUCAUCAUACUCGGUCGCCCAUGGACGGAGGAGGAACCGGACGAGACGGACGAGUCAGAGUCGAGCUGUUGCUCCUCGCAGAAGUCCGACAUCGAAGAACCAUUCCGAGGCCGAGCAUCGACCGAUGGGACGCUGCUAUCUCGACCGCGCCGUUGGCGGUUCGCACCACCCGGAUCACUCGGUGGACCGCACGUGGGUCGCGUCGAGCGCCGCAUGAGCAUCUCGAUGCGAGGCAGCAACGCCAGCUACUGAGUGACACACGCGACGAGAACGCACCAUACGAAAGUGGAGGACAACGAAUGGAGAAGGGAUGGGAAGAGUGAGGGCAACAUUGUGAUUCCGUGAUUAGUUUUGUAUUAACGUAUUAACCCGAAGAACCACGCCAGACACUUCGGAAGACACACGCGCUCACACUGAACACUAACUGAUCUGGCGCCUUUGCGCCGAGGAGUCGUCUCCUUUAAAGACACACGCAGGUAUUUUUUUUAAAGGAAAACUAAUAAAGUAAAGUAUAGAAAGCUCGGUUCCGUCUACUCUAGCAGCUACCAGUUUGAGGCAAGAACGUCAGCCUAUGAGUGGAAGAGAGGAGGAGUGUACAUAGAUAAAACCCUCAGAAAGGUCUGCAAUCAACGAAUCGAGCCGUGUGUCUCUGUGCGUGCGAGUGUAUAAUUGUGGGAUAUAGAUAAGUGGGGCGGAGAUUGGGAGAAUUCCAUAAAAAGGUACAUUCGUAAUAAACAGACAGCCAUUGCUUAUUGUACGCGGUGCCCACCGAA